AUGCUGAAGAUAUGGAGUAUGAAGCAGAAGCAGCAGAAGGAGGAUGCUGCUUCCGGACAGAGCAAGAAGAAGAAGGUCACAGCGGCACAACUACGAAUUCAGAAAGAUCUCUCUGAACUCUCUCUGGGCUCCACGAUGAAGCUGCACUUCGUUGAUCCCGACGAUAUUCUCAACUUCACGCUCAUACUCACACCGGACGAGGGUCUCUACAAKGGUGGAGUAUUCAACUUCUCCUUCGUCAUCUCGCAGAACUUUCCACACGAGCCGCCAAAGGUCAAGUGCAAAGAGAAGAUCUAUCACCCAAACAUCGAUCUCGAGGGCAACGUCUGCCUCAACAUUUUGCGUGAGGACUGGAAGCCAGUGCUCAACCUCAACGCUGUCAUCGUCGGUCUUCAGUUCCUAUUUCUCGAGCCCAAUGCCAGUGAUCCGCUCAACAAGGAUGCCGCCAACGACCUCAUGAGCGAUCGCGAUCGCUUCAAGCGGAAUGUACGGAGUGCGAUGGCUGGUGGCGCAGUGAAGGGAGAAAGCUUUGAUCGGGUCAUGAAGUAG